AUGGGAAAAAACUAUCGAUUAGAAUCAUGGUUACAAUAUAGAGUGAGAGUAACAAUAAGUGACACCCGAUAUUAUGUUGGAACUUUUCUUUCAUAUGAUAGGCAUAUGAAUAUAGUUUUAGUUGAUGCCGAAGAAUUUCGAAGAGUGAAAAGUAAAGAAAACAACUUUAAGGAAAUAAAAAGAGUAGUCGGUCUUAUAUUAAUACGAGGAGAUAAUAUAGUUUCAUUCACAGCAGAACGGGCACCAAUUAAUAAAAAAACUACCAAUAAUAUAACAAAUAAAGGAAUUGCUACUGGUCGAGGUAUAUCAUUAAAUAAUUAUGUACCUAUGCAAAAUAAUAUGACUCCUAAUAUGCCAACAGGCGUAGGUAUAAAUGUAGCUACAUCAAAAAAUUUAACACCAAUAGUAAACCCUGGUUUUAAAUCACCAAAUAUUCCCACAAAUAAUAAAAUGCCAUUUAUGCCCAUGCCUAUGCAAAUAAAUCAAAACUUAGGAACUUCAAAUAAUUCUCAACGGGGAUUAUCAAAUCAAAUUUCUACACAAUUACCAUUUCCUCCUAAUUCUAAACCUCCAACAGAACAAUAA